AUCCGAAGGGGGCGGGCUUAGCGGAAGGCGGGCCAGGCCGACUGCGGCCCCGGGCGCGUGUCGAUGACGUCACCCGGCGCGUGCCCGGGUAGCCCGUAGUAACCCCGAGUCUGCGGAAGUGGUGACCCGUGGGACGCGGCUGAGACAGGAGACUGAAAGUUGUGGAACCGUAAUCUGUGACAUCAGUUGUUUUUUGAUAAGCAGCUAUUUAUGAUUCUGGAAGAUUAAGGCAGAUAGGAAACCCCAUCUGAGAUUUUAACAAAUCUCUCAAACAGUAAACCACAUCAUGGACAUACAGCUGGACCCUGCCGGAGAUGACCUGCCUCUCAUGGCCAACACCAGCCACAUACUUGUGAAGCACUAUGUCCUGGAUUUGGAUGUGGAUUUUGAAAGUCAAGUCAUUGAGGGGACCAUAGUGCUUUUCCUUGAGGAUGGAAACAGAUUCAAGAAACAGAAUAGCUCUAUCGAGGAAGCCUGCCAAUCCAAGUCAAACAAAGCCUGCAAAUUUGGGAUGCCUGAGCCCUGCCAUGUUCCUGUGACAAAUGCAAGGACCUUCUCAUCUGAAAUGGAAUAUGAUGAUUUUGCAAUUUGUAGUAAAGGUGAAAAAGAUACUUCUGAUAAAGAUGGUAACCAUGACAACCAGGAACAUGCUUCUGGGAUUUCUAGCUCAAAGUACUGCUGUGACACAGGGAAUCAUGGGAGUGAGGAUUUUUUGCUAGUGUUGGACUGCUGUGAUUUAUCUGUGUUAAAAGUCGAGGAGGUGGAUGUUGCUGCUGUGCCAGGUAUGGAAAAAUUUACAAGGUCUCCCAAGCUCACAGUUGUUUCUGAGGAGCUCAGGAAUCAGAUUGUACGUGAACUUGUGACUUUGCCUGCAAAUCGUUGGAGGGAGCAAUUAGACUAUUAUGCUCGCUGCAGCCAGGCUCCUGGCUGUGGGGAACUCCUCUUUGACACUGACACUUGGAGCUUACAGAUCAGGAAGACAGGGGCUCAGACAGCUACUGACUUUCCUCAUGCUAUCAGGAUAUGGUACAAAACUAAACCCGAAGGGCGAUCAGUUACGUGGACCUCAGACCAGAGUGGCAGGCCGUGUGUUUAUACUGUGGGGUCUCCCGUAAACAACAGGGCCCUUUUUCCGUGCCAGGAGCCACCCGUUGCCAUGUCAACAUGGCAGGCUACAGUUCGAGCAGCUGCAUCUUUUGUUGUUUUAAUGAGUGGGGAAAAUUCUGCCAAGCCGACGCAGCUUUGGGAAGGGUGCUCAAGCUGGUAUUACUACGUAACUAUGCCGAUGCCAGCCUCCACCUUCACAAUUGCAGUGGGAUGCUGGACAGAAGUGAAGAUGGAGACGUGCUCAUCGGCUGAUUUGGCAACAGAGAGACCCUUCUCACCUUCUGAGGCUGACUUCAGGCAUGUUGGUGUUUGCAGUCACAUGGAAUACCCCUGCCGCUUCCAGAAUGCUUCUGCCACCACCCAGGAGAUCAUUCCUCAUCGUGUCUUUGCCCCUGUGUGCCUCACGGGUGCCUGCCAAGAGACCCUUAUGCAGCUGAUCCCUCCUUGCCUCUCAGCAGCGCAUUCUGUUCUGGGAACACACCCGUUCUCUCGGCUGGAUGUUCUCAUCGUCCCUGCCAACUUUCCAAGUCUGGGGAUGGCCAGCCCACACAUCACGUUCCUCUCUCAGAGCAUCUUGACAGGAGGGAGCCAUCUCUGUGGGACCCGCCUCUGCCAUGAAAUCGCCCACGCCUGGUUUGGCCUCGCCCUCGGGGCCCGCGACUGGACGGAGGAGUGGCUGAGCGAAGGCUUUGCCUCUCACUUGGAGGAUGUGUUUUGGGCUGCAGCACAGCAGCUGACCCCCCACGAGGCCCGGGAGCAGCAGGAGCUGAGGGCCUGCCUGCGCUGGCGUCGCCUCCAGGAUGAGAUGCAGAGCUCCCCCGAGGAGAUGCAGGUGUUAAGACCCAGUAAAGACAAAACUGGCCACACGAGUGACUCAGGAGCAUCUGUUAUCAAGCAUGGACUCAAUCCGGAGAAGAUCUUCAUGCAGGUGCAUUAUUUAAAGGGCUACUUCCUUCUUCGGUUUCUUGCCGAAAGACUUGGAGAUGAAACCUAUUUUUCAUUUUUAAGAAAAUUUGUGCACGCAUUUCAUGGGCAGCUGAUUCUUUCCCAGGAUUUCCUUCAAAUGCUACUGGAGAACAUCCCAGAAGAAAAAAGGCUGGAGUUGUCUGUUGAAAACAUCUACCAAGACUGGCUUGAGAGCUCCGGAAUACCAAAGCCGCUGCAGAGGGAGCGCCACGCCGGGGCGGAGUGCGGGCUCGCGCGGCAAGUGCGCGCCGAGGUCACGAAGUGGAUUCGAGUGAACCGGAGACCCCGAAAACGGAAGCGCAGGGAGAGGGAAGAGGUGUUUGAAAAGCUUCUUCCAGACCAGCUAGUCUUGCUUCUGGAGCAUCUCUUGGAGCAGAAGACCCUGAGCCCCCGAACUCUGCAAAGCCUCCAGAGGACAUACCACCUACAGGAUCAGGAUGCAGAGGUUCGCCAUCGCUGGUGUGAACUCAUUGUUAAGCACAAGUUCACAAAAGCCUACAAAAGUGUGGAGAGGUUCCUUCAGGAGGAUCAGGCCAUGGGCGUGUACCUCUAUGGGGAGCUGAUGGUGAGUGAGGACGCCAGACAGCAGCAGCUCGCCCGCAGGUGCUUCGAGCGGACCAGGGAGCAGAUGGAUAGGUCCUCAGCCCAGGUGGUGGCCGACAUGUUAUUUUAACAAGGAAAGAUCCCAGCGAGAUUCUUUCAUUCACCUCCUCCUAGCCUGGGGGACUGACCCUGGACAUCAAAGGAGGGAUUAUGUGGCUGCUAAAGCCAUCAGCCCACAGCCCCGUUCAAGUCUUGGUGCUUCUCUUUCCCAGAGGCUGGUCCCAGCCAGGCACACACAAAAGGCAGAUUCUCGUAAACGCGGCCUCCCGCCCUGGAUCUGGAGUGGAGCUGCUCUGGGAUUUCGAGUUCUUCUGCACAGAUGAUUAAAUAUAUCCGAGAGACGCUGGGAAACCUGCUGAACGUUUUACGUUGGUCUGCUCAGCACAUGGCUGGAUGUGGAUAUUUCUGUAAUUCCAGGAAGUCACACAGCUCCUGUGUACCAAGACCAGUGGGCGCCGUUUGAUGUAAAAGAGCAGGAUGAGACUCUAAGAUUAUUCUUAAUAAAUGUAAUGGAUUUUUUUUUUUUGUAUA